AUGUCACCCGACGCCGUCCAAGCAAACUUUGGCAUAUCGAAACUCUCGGCACUUGCAACAUACAAAGGCGCUUUGGAGCACGCGCUACUUCGUUCGAAUGUAGUAGCAACAGACGAUCUCAUAGUCCUGCAAGGAUUUGUUUUAUCCUUAUCACUGGAUCGCUAUGCAGACGAAGCCCGACGUGUAUGGGCAUUAUCAGCCCUCGUAGAACAAUUAACAUCCUCUCUCCGAUCAACAUUGACUCCGCUCGAGAAAGAACUACGAAAGCGUUUAAUCUAUGAACUAUGGUACAUGGAUUACAGAGCAUAUUCUGAUCUCGGACAUAUCUCCAAGCCGCCAUGCUUGAAUUCUCUCCCGUUCGCACCUACAAAUACAAAUGAUGCGGAUCUCCAUUCGGACAAGUUACCACACCUCAUAACCCAAACAGGCUGGACAGAUAUGAGUUUCGCACUUACACAGGCUGACGUUGCGCGAACCGCGGUCCUCGUCGACAACAUACAUCAGCUCGACCGGAAAGAAGCAGAAAUAGACGCCUGUGAGCAGCGCAUUCACUCUCAGUACUUGAGAUACUGUGACGGCAGUAAACCUAUCCACUGGCUUGCACAACACGUCGCCUACGUUCUUGUCAUGGAACUACGAUUCAAGGCAUACUCCAAUCCUUCCAUUUGGGCUGGGCCUUACACAGAGACACGGCAGUCGCUGUUUUUCGCGGCCAUCGAUAUUCUUGACAUUGCGCGGCGGCUGGCGAGGGAGCCGGAAGCAGCGCAGUGGAUUUGGUCGUUGGAAGCGUAUAUGCAGUUCUGUCCGUUGAGGUUUGCUCUUCAAGAACUGUGCCAUAGUUCGAGACUGAAGGUGCUGGAUGCUAGUUGGGGGGUUGUGGAGAGGGCUUUUCGGCGGUGGGAUAGUGGGAAGGCUAGUAGGGAGAAUUAUGAGAUUUGCAGUCAGCUUUUGAAAAGGGCGAAAGCAAUGGUUAGAGCGAAUCACCUUCAUGGCACUGAGUGGAACAUGGGAUUACAGGUGGAUUCUGCUGUGAACAGUCAGCCGGAUGGUGUAAGUGGCGGCCAUAAUCCAAGGAUACUAGACGGGCUGCUUCCUUCGGGAGACAGUGAAGCUAUUCUCUCAGAUGGGUUGUUCGAGUCGCCGGUGGAUUUUGGAGCUAAUGGUGUGGCGAACAUGACUGAUAGCCAGGAUCAAUUUGGGCUGAUGACAGAUGAUGGAAACAUGUAUGACCUGGGGCAUUUGGAUACAAUUUUCGCUUAG